AGGGACGCAGUUUCUCAUCGCCCCGUCCAAAACCUUUCUCCUUCUGUCCCGCAAACCCCCGAGAGAUCACAGCAUGUUCGGCUUCGGUCACCACGGCCACCAUGGCCAGAACCCCCCGGCCCACGCUCCGGCCGCCGCCGGAGGCAACCAGCCCACCUUCAAGAUCUUCUGCAAGGCCGACGAGGGCUACUGCCUCUCCGUCCGUGACGGCAACGUCGUCCUCGCCCCGUCCAACCCCCGUGACGAGCACCAGCACUGGUUCAAGGACAUGCGCUUCAGCGCCCAGAUCAAGGACGAGGAGGGUAACCCCGCCUUCGCCAUCGUCAACAAGGCCACUGGCCUCGCCGUCAAGCACUCGCUCGGCCAGUCCCACCCGGUGAAGCUCGUACCAUUCAACCCGGAGUACCUCGACGAGUCCGUGAUGUGGACGGAGAGCGGCGACGUCGGCAAGGGCUUCCGCUGCAUUCGCAUGGUGAACAACAUCCGCCUCAACUUCGACGCCCUCAACGGUGACAAGGACCACGGCGGCGUGCACGACGGCACCACCGUCGUUCUCUGGGAGUGGGCCAAGGGCGACAACCAGAGCUGGAAGAUCCUCCCCUGGGGCGAAGAGGCCUACGCCGGAGGCAGCGCCAACGCCCCCCGCGGCGGCUCCUCAGAGCCCACCGUGCGCAUCUUCUGCAAGGCCGACGACGGCUUCAGCGCCACCGUCCGCAACGGCACUGUGGUCCUCGCGCCCACCAACCCCCGCGACGAGUACCAGCACUGGUUCAAGGACAUGAGGCACAGCAACCGCAUCAAGGAUGAGGAAGGCUACCCGGCCUUCGCCCUCGUCAACAAGGUGACAGGCGAGGCCAUCAAGCACUCCCAAGGCGAGGGCCACCCUGUGAAGCUGGUGCCAUACAACGCCAACUACCAGGACGAGUCAGUGUUGUGGACUGAGAGCCGCGACGUGGGCGCCGGCUUCCGGUGCAUCCGCAUGGUGAACAACAUCUACCUCAACUUUGACGCUCUCCACGGCGACAAGGAGCACAGCGGCGUUCGCGACGGCACCUCCCUCGUGCUGUGGAGGUGGUGCGAGGGCGACAACCAGCGCUGGAAGAUCCUCCCCUGGUAAACGUGUCAUGCUGCUGAAGCUGAGUUGAUCGCCACCGUGACCCGGAGUUGGUAGAGAUCGGCCUGUGAUCUGUUGCCGUGUCGGUAGAAUAAAAGUCUGUGUGCGGUCGGCGGUGGUGAUGUGUCCGUGAGUGUGUGUGUUUAGUUUCUGUCCUGUCGUUGUGUCCUGCUAUGGCGAGCUAUCCGAUGUAAUAAGCAUUUGGCACUUGUGCUUGUUUUUCAAACCAUGGAUCCGUGAUGAGAACCUCUGUACUGUGGUGCAAUCCUUUCAUCUAUGCGAAUGGUCUUUAUUGUCUA